CGUAUGCCUCUGGAGCAGUUUAUUCAAUGCACCCAGUGAUAUAUAUGUAUUCUACAUCUAUUGCUCCUGCUGAUUAAUUCAUAUAUCAACAUUAUGAAACGUGAACUGUUCGCUGAACUUCCUGAGGAGAUGUUCAGUUUCAGCCUUUUGGGUUCCGCCCCAACUCUCCUUGCCCCGCGGCUGGGCAGACUUGCGCUGGCCGGGAGGAAACCAACACAGACACCGAAUCAUGUUCCUAUAUCGUCUCGGGGCGCAUUGCCCCAUAUGUCUCACGAUAUGAUGAACGAGCGGAUGUCAAUUGGGAGUUUAUAUGCUGCAUUUGAGGAUUUUGCGGAGAAAGGACAUAAAUCCAUUCCACCGGUGUAUCAAGUUCCUACACAACCGUUUGAAUCGGCCCUGCGGAAAUUUAUAUGUCAGCGCGACGAUCUAUUGUUGAUAUUAGGUCCCCGACGAGUCCCACCCGUCCCAUGUCCAACUCCAAAUGCCUCGACUUCGGUUACGAUAUUAACUUCAGUUGGGUACCGUCAGUUGGAAACCGAGAAAUACCUAGAGGCUAUCCAAAAAUUACAACCAGAUAUCGCUGUUGGACUUUCGGAUUUGCCAAGCAAGCUGCCCGGCGUAAAGCGACGAGAGCGAAUGGUGGACAGGACCCAUGCAUGGACGAGGGACGCAGUCGACAGACUGUAUGAUCCCCAGGGUGAGAAACAAACUAGGUCGUUGUUUCUUGCUCCUUUACUGCCGCUAGAUAAGGAACAGCAGAUGCUAUAUAUUGAGGAUCUGGAGGACGAGAUGAAACAAUAUGUGGCCGGGUUCGCACUGUACGAUUCCAACAGUAGCUCCGUAAUACCGGAAUCAAUGUCCGCGCUCGUUCGUUUGUCUUUGGGCGAAACCAAAACCCCACGGGAAAUCCUGAAGGAAAUAUCGUUGGGUAUAGAUCUCUCAACAGUAACAUUUGUCGGAGACGCAUCAGACGCGGGUAUCGCGCUACACUUCGUCCUUCCGAGUUCAGCGAGCGAUGUUGGAGCUGAUCUGAGGCCAUUGGGGACUGAUAUGUGGCCGGCUACGCAUGCGGCAGACAUGUCACCCCUCCAGCAAGGUUGCAAAUGCUACACGUGCCAAAGGUUCACGCGCGCCUAUAUUCGACAUCUGCUUCAUGCAAAGGAGAUGCUUGCAUGGACGCUUUUGCAAAUACACAAUUAUCAAGUCCUCGAUAAUUUUUACGCGGCAAUCCGGGACAGUAUCGCCAGGGGGACUUUUGAUGAAGACGCGGCGAGGUUUGAGCGAGCUUAUGAACCAGAAUUACCACAGCAAUCUGGCCAGGGACCUAGAUUACGGGGAUAUCAAUUCAAAGGCGAAGCAGGCGCCAAACCGAAAAAUCCGAAGGUGUAUGGGCGUUUGGACCAUAUCACAGACACCCUCACGCAAUCGGAGUCGUCGAUUGCCACUCCAGACGUCGAUGUUGAUGAACUGCAAGACCAAGGUUUUGCUGCAAAGACGGGGUGACCAGAUCCGUUUCUGAGCAUCACUCAUACCUAGAUAUGCACGAUAUUUUUGUCAUGGUAUCGGCUUCAAUGAAACCUUAUUUACAUCUCUUACCUUGUUAGGUCGAUGCUUCGGUAGAUCGAUGGCUGAGUGGGUAGAGAGAGAAUGAAUCCGUCUACCUGCAGCCACUAGCCAGCCCAAUUUACACGCAUCCAUGUUUUGUUCUACGAUAAACAUGGCGCGGGUAGACAUAUCCUAAAAUAACCUCGAUUUUGGAGUAAAUACUUACAGAAGUGUACGAUUACAUACCAUAUGUCAUAGGUGUCAAUUGCUACAUUGUUUCUUCAAGUGCCUUUGCUCCCAAUUUAUAUCAUUCGACAUACUCAUUUGAAUCACUCAAUCAAGGGGUCGUUCCGGAAAUAUUCAGCCCCGUUCGGCUGGCUAUAUCGGGAUAUAUCAAACACACGAAACAAGUUACUGAAUCCAAAUAUAACCUUAGCCUGGAGGCGGGGGUGCCCAUUUUAUGCAAAUUCAUGAAUACUCAACUAAUAUAUCCAAGCUGGCCGGACGUCAGCACCUAUGAUUCUCAUAUUGGGUGGAGGAAGCUGUGUGUCACCCCUCUCCUUUUCGUGCAGAAAGGAAAAACACUUGGUUACACAAUAUAUAGACUUGACCACUCCGUAUUCUUUUGAUUCGCAUACUUAAACCUUGCCUAUAUUCUUUAUCUUUAUGGAAUACUAAAUGAGAACCAGGCAGAGAAAAAAAAAUGCUCGGGGGAUACAAGACCUUGUAUUUUCCAAGAUAUGUACUCCUCGUAGAGAACAGCCAAAAAAGGAGCGCUGAUCCCAUUAUAAAAUGGUAUAAGAAAUGCUCAAUGCUUGUUGGUUGAAUCCGCCUCAGUAGCCUGUCCCGCCAGUAAUUUCCAUAAUAGCUUCCCUUCCGUUUCUGCAGCCUCUCUACUUUGACAACCUGCACCGUAUUUCUGGCCCACUACACAAACCAGCCAUACAUCGUUCUUUAGUUGAUCUAGUAGCUUCUCGGUGGGGCUUCCACGCGGGAAAACGCGUCUCCACUCGUCCCAGAUACGGAACGCCUCAUCGCCCCAUGCACGGAAACUGACUUCUUCAAUGAUAGUUGGAGUCACGAUCUCCUUACCUCUGAAUACGCCCCACGUAACAGCAUUAACUCCAGUACCACCCGCCGUAGCGUUGGAAUCCAGAUAGACAUCAACAGGACCGGAGUAGUCGUUUGCGCUGUCGUCGGUGGGCGGAGAAGAGGACUCGAAAUCACCAGCAGCAUUCGUUGCGAACCACGCAAGUUCAUCGUGGCCAUGGUUCUCAAAAAUCGGUUUUAGAAUGGUUUUCAAGUCAUGGGCUGUGCAGAAGAACUCGACAAAUGCCUUCUGGAAAACGAAGCCCUCGCCGCGAGGACCCCAGCCGAAAAUCGGAUGGUCGUUGCGCACCCCAUUCACUGCUGGCUGGGACGCGAGCGUCCACCACCCACGUCCAUUUAUGAGCUGGAGCAGCUCGUCGCGAAUAGUAGCAGUUUCUGCAUUCAGGCCGCCCGUAUCUUGCGUUCCACCUUCUGACCAGGGCACAAUGUGAAGAUCGCCAGACACAUGGCGUUGGAAGAUGGUGUUAAUGUCCUCUUUCGUUGUUGGAUAUCCCCAGAGUCGACGUGCUACGGCGGGAGUGACGUGUAGUGACGGGCCAUAUCCAUCGAUUUCUCCGAAUGCAGGGGAUCUCGCAUCACCCCACCGACCAUUGGGGAAGUCAUCCCAGGUCGCCUCGCGCCCAAGUGCACCCACUCCCUCUGAGAUUUGUAGUGUUGUCGCUCGGUGAGGGGGAUUAAGAGCUGGCAUGCCAGCACCAAGAGUCUGAGUUUCGUGGGUAGUGGAUGCUUGAGAGGAACCCCUCCCGUCCGAGGGCCGAUCAACAAUUAAUCUGUUAUGGGGUUGGGAAUUUAUGGAGGAAGCACGUCUUUUGGACAUUCGGACAAUGUUGUUUAGUUGACCGUGUACCAUGGAAACUGCAGUAUCCAGAUCUGCUUCUGAAUCGCUCGAGGGUUCGGAUGAUGGUGGUAUUAAGCUGCACCUCUCAACUGUAAAGGCAACUGCCUUUUCUAAAUUCAGGGUGUAGAAAUGAAGCCCGCGUGGACCUGGGCAAGGAAUCUCUUUUAAUCCAUUUACAAUCUCACACAAGAUAUCCACGCCGAUUCGUUUCACUGAUUCAUCGUCUGAUUUCACUUCUUCCACUCGUGCCAUAAUGUUAGGAGGUACCCUCGCAUGGCUUAGUUUCGUCGUCCUAGUUAAAAUAUGAUAGCUCUGAAUGGGCAUCAAACCGGUAAUGAUAGGAAUAUCUUUGAAAACGCCCGAUUCAUGCGUGCGAAGCAUAUUCUCAAACCGUUUAUAUGCUUCCAAAUCGUAAGUCAAUUGAGUCAUUAUAAAGUCCGCUCCAGCCCUUGUUUUCUCGACGAGAUAUGGGACGUCUCUAGCAGGAUCCUGCACUUCGGGAUGUGACUCGUCUGAAUGUCCUUCUGGAUAUGCUGCCACUCCUAUGCAGAAGUGAUCACCGUGUGUGCGGCGUAUGUAUUUCACCAAAUCGACUGCAUACGUAAAGUCCUUAUUGCUAUCAUCUUCGCCAUCAAUAUUGUACUCUUCGCUUCGCGGAGGGUCACCGCGCAAUGCUAGGAUAUUUCUGAUGCCCAACGCUUUGGCUUCUGAGAGCGCAUGGUCCACCAGUGAGCGGUUCAUAUUCGUACAUGUCAAAUGCAAGCAGGUGGUAAGUCCUAAUUGACGCUGACAUAUCUCAGCGAGCUCGAGCGAUUUGGCCGCAGUGCUUCCACCAGCACCCCAAGUAACGGUCACGAAUAGCGGUCGUAGAGCUUGUGACAUGCGUUCCAGACGGGCUUGGAGAUUUGAGGAGCCCUAUAGACGAAUUGAUUAGUCUCGUGAAAACAACGUGGGGGGUAAGGAGGAGUGGCGGGGUAAUUGAUGGAAUUCACCAAACUCGACGGGAACGUACCAUCUGGGUCUUUGGAGGGAAAAACUCCAGCGAGAAGUAGUUCGCAUUUCGGGGAAGAGCGGCUAUUUUAUCUGAUAUUUUCUCCAUGGUUGUGGUUGUAGUUGUGGUGUGUUCUGCAAUGUGACAUUCUUCAGGUGAUGAAGGGUCAGC